CCGAGAACCUAGAAGUGACAGAAAAUAAACCGGGUACGCUUCCUUGACCCCGGGUUUGCGGGGUUUGGUGCACCAAAAAUGCGUUCCCCGUACCCAGAGCUGGUUGGAAAAGAAGAGUGCACAAGAGCGAGUAAGCUUGACCAGGAUAAACCAACUCCUCAUUUCGACGCCCGCAUGAAGACGGCAUUGUCCGGAGGCGGUAUGCUUGCCAUUGGUCUUUAUGGCAGACCAGUCAACGGCAUCUCCACUUGGAAACCAACUGAACGGCUUUUCAGAUACCUAGACAUGUUGGUUUCACCGACACUGAGCGUAUUGAGCGUCUUUCUCGUCGUAGGUGUCGCCAAGAACCAGGUCGCCAUGAACCCCCACAACAAUGUGGUCUUCGAUGCCAAACGUCUCAUUGGCUGCAAGUUCCAGGACUCCGAGGUCCACUAA